AUGGAGUCGCUCUUGGAGCAGCUGCAGCGCUUCUCUGAGGUUCUGGCGGUCUCCCGCACCACGCACGUCAGCAGCUGGGACCCCGCGACCGUGCGCAGGGCCUUGCAGUGGGCUCGCUACAUGCGCCACGUCCACAGGCGCUUUGGCCGCCAUGUCCGCAUUCGCACGGCACUGGAGAGGCGGCUGCAAAACCAGUGGCAGCAGGAGGACGGCGCUGGGCCUGCCGCAAUCCCCGGGCUGACGAACUUCCGGGACUUGGGGCACUGCGACCUCCUGCUGUCUCAGCGCCUGCUGGAGAACCGGGCCCUCGGGGACGCCGCCUUUCGCUGCCUGCUGCAGCAACUCUUUCCCGGCCCUGGCGUCCGGGACGCCGAAGAGGAGACGCUCCGAGACAGCCUGAGGCUGCAAGACAGCCUGGCCCUCCUCUCCCGCCGCCGGGCCGCCGUCCACCUGCUGCACGUCCACGGGUUUGGAGAGAACUCGGCCCUCCGGGACGACUCCCUGGUGAAGACCCAGGCGGCGCUGCUGCUGGAGCGUCUGCAGGAGGCGGGCGAGGCCGACGCAGAGGGCCCCGGCAGGUUGCUCGGCAGCCUGGGGGAGCGCUGGCCUCAGAACAGCUUCCUGGAGGUGAUAGCGGCUGCGCUGUUGCUGCCGUCGUCAACUCCCCGCCCCCCCAGAGAGGAGUUGGAACUGGGCAGCCCCAGAACACCGGGAGAGGGGCGUGAUGAACUGGUUCACUGGCUUCUGGGGAAGUCGGACAUCAUGGCAACUUUUUGCCGCAGCCUCCCAGCCGGGCUCUUAACUUCCGUGGCGGGCCGCCAUCCAGAGCUUUUCCAGGUCUAUCUGGGUCUGCUAACAGACUGGGGUCGACAUCUGCACUACGAUCUUCAGAAGGGCAUUUGGGUUGGAGCUGAGGCCGGAGGUGUGCCCUGGGAGGAAUUGUGCGGCAGGUUUCGAAGCCUCUGUCAGGCCCCUUCACCUCUGAAAGAUGAAGUUCUAAGUGCCCUGGAGGCCUGCAAGGCACAGGAUGGAGAUUUUGAAGUCCCUGGUGUCAGCAUCUGGACAGACCUGUUGUUAGCUAUUGAGAGCGGUGCAUGAUGUUGCAUUUGGGAAAAGACAAGUUUUAGGUCUCAGCCCAGGCCCCAGUUCUCUAUGGGCAACGCUCUGCUAUUGAUUACUUGAAUAUAUGGCUUACAAAAUUGAAAUUUCAGUGUUCCCACCAAAUCUGUACUUCAUGUGUCCAAAGUAUCAUUUUAGGCCCUGAUUUAUAACAGGUGUAAUUAUAAUAUGUAAAGUAAUUGGCUUGUGGCGCCAUUGAUUUUUCUGGAUAGAGAUGACAUUGGAAGUAUCCUACUUAAAGCCAUGUAAUUAAAAAUAGUUUGCUUUUUAGAAGGACCAUUUCUAAUGCUGAAAGGAAAUGUACUUUUUGCCCUGGCCAAGUGGCUCAGUUGGUUGGACCGUAGUCCCAUACACCAAAAGGUUGUGGGUU